AUGGCGCCAAGAGCCGCAGCGUGGGGCACACUCCCAUAUGUAUCUUCAUCGUUAAAUAAAGUUGAUCCGAGCGAGAAUAAAAAUUGCACAAGAAAAUUAAUAAUAUUUUUACGAUUAUUAGAAGGCUCGUCACUACACUCGAUUCUUAAUACAAGUCUAACGAUCAUACUACUCCUA